UCAUGCUGAAGCACAGAAGUUUUGACAGGAACACAAAACCUGGAAAUCUUCUUUCUCAUUUGACAGAACUCUGUAACUAAGCAGAAAUGUCAACUGCUGGAAAGCCUAUCAAGUGCAAAGCUGGUGUUCUUUAUGGACACAAUCAACCAUUUAAAAUUGAAGAAAUAGAGGUUGCUCCACCCAAAGCACAUGAAGUUCGGAUCAAGAUCUGUGCCAGUGGAAUCUGCCACACUGAUGACCAUGCCCUCGUAGGUGGAAUGGCCAGCCUAAAUUUUCCUGUUAUUUUGGGCCAUGAGGGAGCUGGAGUUGUUGAGAGUGUUGGACAAGGAGUAACAAAGGUUAAACCAGGAGAUCAUGUCAUUGCAUUGUGUAGCCCCAUGUGUAUGAAGUGUAAAUGCUGCCUGCAUGAAGAGAGCAACUUCUGUGUAGACAAUGAUGUUGGCAAAAACAAAGGGCUUAUGCGUGACAAAACCACCCGAUUUUCCCGAAAUGGAAAACAGAUCUACAACUUCAUGUCCUGCAGUACAUUUACAGAAUACACCUGUGUGGAUGAAUUUGCAUGUGUUAAGAUUGAUCCUAAAGCAAAUUUGGAUGAAGUGUGCCUUAUUGGAUGUGGCUUUUCCACUGGCUACGGAACAGUAAUUAACACCGCCAAAGUGAAACCAGGGACCACAUGUGUUGUGUUUGGUUUGGGUGGAAUUGGAAUGUCUGCUGUCAUGGGUUGCAAGGUUUCUGGUGCUGCCAGGAUUAUUGGCGUAGACAUCAACCCAACCAAAUUUCCCAGAGCUAAAGAAUUAGGAUGCACUGAAUGUAUCAAUCCAAAUGACUGUGACAAACCAAUCCACGAAGUUAUUGUGGCAAUGACUGAUGGAGGAGCAGACUAUGGAUUUGAAUGCAUUGGAAAAGUUGAUGUUAUGGCAUCCAUGAUUCAGUCCACUCACUAUUCCUAUGGAUCUGCUAAUAUCAUUGGAGUUCCCAAAUACACGGACAGGCUUGUCAUAGAUGUUAUGUGGCUGCUAACUGGACGUACAUUAAAUGGAGCCUUCUUGGGAGAUUUCAAGGCCCCCUUGGACUUCCCAGGCUUAGUAAAAGAUGCCAUAAAUAAGAAAGUUGACCUUUCCAAGCUGGUGACACACAAGUUGCCUUUUGAAAAGAUCAAUGAAGGCUUUGAACUCAUGAGAAAUGGAAAGUGGUAA